UAUUUAUACCAUAUUAAUUUAGAGUUAUUAUGAAUGCUGCAAAUUCCAACUGUUGGGCUCGAAAUGGCUGCCUCCAUGAAUUCAAGAAGGAUCUUAGUUGGAUAUCGAAAACAAGGCUCUCAUAGCGUAGAAAUUGCACCAUUUCAGCAAUGCGUCUUUGAUUACUUCGGUGUUAGUGGAGAAACUACAAAGCUAAGUUGCAGUCUACAAGAUGGACUUGUUGUGCUGUCCAAUGAGGGAGAUGAAAAAGUUCUUGUCAAGCAUCCAUCGUUUUGUCCUAUGCAUGCAUUGACAGAGUCUGAUGUCAAGCUGAUACCUGCUGAAACGAUUUCAAGAGGCUUUGAUGUUGGUGUUGCGACGUUACUGCAGUCAUCGGACAGACACUUGUUAAUGACCAGACGAGCCAAGCAUCUAAGAAACUUUCCAGGCAUUUGGGUUCCGCCUGGUGGCCAUGUUGAAGCCAAUGAAACAUUACAAGAAGCAGGGCUGAGAGAAUUAGAAGAGGAAACAGGUCUCCGAAUCAAACCAGAAGAUUGCAUCUCAAUCAAAGUUCUUGCCUUGUGGGAGUCUGUAUACCCUGCUAUGCUGUCACAAGGCUUGCCGAAGCGCCACCACAUGGUGAUAUACCAAAUUGCUAUCGUGGACGAAGAUCAUAUAAAGUUGCAAGAAAGGUUAGCAUUGGAUCCGAACGAAACAGACGCAGCUGCUUGGCUGUCCGAGGACUGUCUAAGUGAGAUUGCUAUGUCAGCUGACAAUAAUCAACCAAUGCGGGAGUUACCUUGUCAUCUACCUCAAACAUUCCAGUCAGUUGUUUUAAGAGCAGACACAAACCAGCCAACUAUUCAGGUCAUGCAGACAUCAAUGCUUUUUGCAACAGCACCCCCAACAGGUCCAGAUGUAGAACGGAUCAGUACGGGAACAAAAUUUGCAAUUCAGCAGUGGUGUAAAGCUAAUGGCAACUCAUUCAAUUGAUUUUAUUUAUAGUUUAUUCUUAUUUAUUUAUUUUGAUCUUCUUAAUUCAUGAAAAUACUUUGAUAAUUUAUGAAUUUAUGAUAAUACUGCCCCUCCCCCCUUGAAGAACCACAUUUGGCAUGAAUGCCUCCCUCAAGGUAUUUUUUUUUUCUCAAGUAAGCGACCCCACACCUCCCCUCCCCGAAAUGACUAAACAAAUCUAAUGGAAGCAACAUUAUUCUAAACACUUUCUAUUAAUGUUCUACUCCAGUACAAUUAAAAUUUUUUCUAACCUGGAUGGGAUCAAUAAGUCUUUAUGAUCAUGCAGUAACACAUUUUGAUGGUAAUUAUGUUUCGUAGUUCCACCCACAUUUAAAGUGAAAUUAAGGGGCAUUUAUUUGAGUAUAUAGGUAUCCAUUUUACAUCCAAAAAAUUAAACGCCUUCCUUGAAUAAGCACCCCUUCAAAAAGUCUUCUCGACAAUAUAUUCCCCCGGGCGUUUAUUCAAAUAAAUAUGGUAAUUGCAUUUUUGAUUUUUUUUUUUUUAUUCAAUGUAUUGUUUUUUAAGAGCUUAUUCUCUUGUAAAUUAAUUUAGAAAUAAUUGACAACAGAUUAUUAUUUCGCUUUGCAUAAAACAAUAUAUAUUUCGAAUGAAUAUGCAAGCUGAUAAAAUUUAAUAAAAUGCAAUAUGUACUGUAUAUUUA